AUGAAUUUCUAUUUCUUUAUUUAAUUAGCAGUUGAAGCAGAAUUAAAAUUAGAAGAGAUGAGGAUAUUGUUAGCAAAUUUAGAUAAUUUUGAACCAUUUACAAGUAAUAAUUAAUAUUAAAUAUUAGCUUAUAAACGAUUAGAUUAACGUAGAACAGGAGGAUUAAAAUCUGAUAAUAUUUUUGAAUUUUUAAAUGAUAAUGAUAUUUAGAUAACACAAGAUCAACUUGAUUACAUGUUUAGAGUAUUAGAUGAAGAUUCUGAUGGCUUAGUAUCAUUUUAAGAGUAUUAUUUUGGUUGAAAUAAUUAGCUUUAAAAGAGCAAUAUUACCUAAGAUGAAUGAUUAAGUGAAAGAUUAAGCCUUGAAUCAUAAAAGUUAUGACCUUCCAGUUAAUAUGUUACUACCAAAAGAAAUAGAAGCAUAAUUAUCAUAAUUCUUUAUUUAGAUAAAAUAAAAUUAUAUGUAAAUGAUGUUCUUAUCCCCAGACAAUAUUAGCAAAUAGAAUAAAAAAUUGAUUUGAAUUAGUUGGAUAUUUAUGAUAAAGAUAAUUAUAUUACAAUAAAUUCAUUAAAGUUUUGGUUAUAAUAGCUAGGAAAAGAUAUCAAAGAAGAAAUUCUCUAGAAUUUUAUUAUUAUUAUAUAAGGAUAGAAAUAAUGGCUUUAAAAAUUAUUAGAUCAAAUUUACACUAAAAAAGAAAAAGAUUAAGAUUAAUUUCACAAGUAAAGAGAAGAAGAGAAUUUUAAUAAAGAUCAUUAAGAGAAUGAUGAAGUUGAUAUUGAAAAAUAAAAAGAAUUAAAAUAAUUCUAAUAAAAUGAUGCAGAAACUGAUAUAUAUCGCAAGAUUAGUUAACUCAAUAAUUAGUAGGAACUCUAAUCUUAAGUAUUUGAACAUAAUAAAACGCAUAAUUAUGAUUUACAUUAUGACAUAGAAUUUGAAAUUUGUUAAUUAAAGAAUAAAAUUUAUGACUUAGAAAUACAACUAGAAAUACCAUCAUAAUUAAAUAGAAGAUCUUAAAUAGGAUAAAUGUUUGAGAAAGUAUAAAAUAAAGAGUUACAGUAAUUCUCAAGAAUGAGUUACCUAAAAAUAUUUGAUUAUCCCCCUUCUGAAUAUGGCAAAGAUUUAAUUAGUUAAAAAUUAUAGUUAGAUAAAUAAAUUAAAAAAGAAUAAAUUAAAUAAUAAAUCUUANUUGUUAGCAAAUUUAGAUAAUUUUGAACCAUUUACAAGUAAUAAUUAAUAUUAAAUAUUAGCUUAUAAACGAUUAGAUUAACGUAGAACAGGAGGAUUAAAAUCUGAUAAUAUUUUUGAAUUUUUAAAUGAUAAUGAUAUUUAGAUAACACAAGAUCAACUUGAUUACAUGUUUAGAGUAUUAGAUGAAGAUUCUGAUGGCUUAGUAUCAUUUUAAGAGUAUUAUUUUGGUUGAAAUAAUUAGCUUUAAAAGAGCAAUAUUACCUAAGAUGAAUGAUUAAGUGAAAGAUUAAGCCUUGAAUCAUAAAAGUUAUGACCUUCCAGUUAAUAUGUUACUACCAAAAGAAAUAGAAGCAUAAUUAUCAUAAUUCUUUAUUUAGAUAAAAUAAAAUUAUAUGUAAAUGAUGUUCUUAUCCCCAGACAAUAUUAGCAAAUAGAAUAAAAAAUUGAUUUGAAUUAGUUGGAUAUUUAUGAUAAAGAUAAUUAUAUUACAAUAAAUUCAUUAAAGUUUUGGUUAUAAUAGCUAGGAAAAGAUAUCAAAGAAGAAAUUCUCUAGAAUUUUAUUAUUAUUAUAUAAGGAUAGAAAUAAUGGCUUUAAAAAUUAUUAGAUCAAAUUUACACUAAAAAAGAAAAAGAUUAAGAUUAAUUUCACAAGUAAAGAGAAGAAGAGAAUUUUAAUAAAGAUCAUUAAGAGAAUGAUGAAGUUGAUAUUGAAAAAUAAAAAGAAUUAAAAUAAUUCUAAUAAAAUGAUGCAGAAACUGAUAUAUAUCGCAAGAUUAGUUAACUCAAUAAUUAGUAGGAACUCUAAUCUUAAGUAUUUGAACAUAAUAAAACGCAUAAUUAUGAUUUACAUUAUGACAUAGAAUUUGAAAUUUGUUAAUUAAAGAAUAAAAUUUAUGACUUAGAAAUACAACUAGAAAUACCAUCAUAAUUAAAUAGAAGAUCUUAAAUAGGAUAAAUGUUUGAGAAAGUAUAAAAUAAAGAGUUACAGUAAUUCUCAAGAAUGAGUUACCUAAAAAUAUUUGAUUAUCCCCCUUCUGAAUAUGGCAAAGAUUUAAUUAGUUAAAAAUUAUAGUUAGAUAAAUAAAUUAAAAAAGAAUAAAUUAAAUAAUAAAUCUUAUUAUGA